UUUUCUAGUAGUUAAAAAGCGCGCGGAAUUUGAAGCUCAUUUUACUUCGUCAUUCUCUGGAUAUAUUAGCAUUAUGGAGUGUAAAGUGUGGCGCUUGGAACGGUACGCGCGGAUGACGUCACAACCUAUAACCGGAACCGGAAACGUCGGUCAAGAUGGAUGGGAGCACUUUGAUAACAAGAAGGACACUCUGGAGUUGACAUUAACAUCCAGUAACCAUCUGUUGAUCCAUCAUGGCAGACGACAAUUGGAAAGCAUAUCGUUGACUGGUUCCGAUUCUUGGAUCAAAGGGAUCAGCAAGGGUGACAGUACUAUGGUUGUUAUGAAAGCAGAGACACAGUCUAGAAGGUUUAGGAUAAAGUUCUCGCCCACCGCGCAGUGUACUGGAGACGACAAUUGUCGCGCAUGCGUAGAAACGCUUAGCAAAUAUUUCCCAAUUAAAAUUCCGGACGACGGAGUGUGUUCACAGCAGAUACCAGCCACUCAAACAAGCCUUACCGGAAGUAGUACCACAUUGGUUGGUGACGUCACACUGAGGCAGCUUGCGGAUACGAUCUGCAACAAAUCCACAAAACUGCCGGAUAUCUACGCCCGUUUUGGCGACGGAACCCAGUGCGAUCUUGGAACAUUGAUUAAACUAUGUCUCACAGACUCCAGCUUUCCUGCGUUUGUUGAUCAAGUCGAGAAGGAGCUUGAAAUCAUCAAAAAUGAAAGCGCCUGAUUACAAACUGACUGAUUUAUAUAUUUCAAAAUAUUUUAAAUUAAAGUUUCAAAAAACUA